GGAAAUUGAACCCAUGACCCUUUGGUGGCCAGGCCAAGGGCACUAUUUACCUUUUUGUAUGUUUAGAAUUUGGGAACCAGAUGAUUGUUACUGUUUUGAGAGUUAAAUUUAAAAUUUCUUCCUGCCUAGGUGGGGAAUUGGUCCCAGAAGCUGAGCUCAGGUUGCUCGAGUACAUGGGGGUAAAUGGUCCAGCUCUCAGCAGGGGUCAGGAAGCCUGGACCCCGGAACCUCCCGCCAGUCUUUCACUGUCUGGUCUUCGCCCGUUUUAAUUAGACACGUCUGCAUUUUGGUCACCCAAUGUUGAUUUCCUUUCCUAUGUGAAAGGAAGGAAGGGCUGAGGGAGCAACAAAGAUGCUUUGGGACUACCAUGCCUACGCGGUUGGACUCCUUAAUUUGUAUCUCCUGGUGCACAUCGGGCCCGUGGUCGGUGCUUUGGAAGCUUUGUCUGAGUUUCCAGAAGAGUCGUGCAUUUUCAACAUAACCCUAAGAAAUUUCCGGCCAAUCUUAUCAUGGGAAUUAAGAAACCAUUCCAUCGUACCAACUCACUACACGUUAUGGUACACGUGCAUGAGUAAAGAAAAAGAGAUGAAGAUCGUCGAGGAGUGCACCAACAUCACGAGAACAUUCUGUGACCUCACGAACAGGUGGGGCAGCUCUGCCGAGAUGUACUUCACCAGGCUGGAGGGCUUCCGAGGGAGCACAAAGCUGGUCAGCUGUUUGAGCUCGGUCUUCCCAGAUGUGCACAUGUCUUUGGAGCCCCCCGAGUUUGAGAUCGUUGGCUUUGUGGAGCACGUCAAUGUGAUCCUGAGGUUCCCACCCGCCUUGCCCACGUUGCCAGAUGGGGAAGGCAUGUGGUCUAACCUGCUGCUGAUCAUUGAAGAGGAGUCGGAGGGGAUUGUGAAGCAGCAUAAACUCAGAAUAAAUCAAAACACCACUGGGAAUUUUAUUUACACCAUCGACAAGUUAAUCCCAAACACAAACUACUGUGUAUCUGUUUAUUUUGAGCCUAAGGACCUGCAAACAAUAAAGAGAUCUCCUUUGAAAUGUACCUUUCUUCAGCCUGGACAAGAAUCAGCAGAGUCAUCAGAAUCUGUCAAAAUAGGAGGACUGGUUGCCUUGUUUUUCACAGCAUCUAUGUUCAUAAGCACCAUAGUAUUACUGAAACGGAUUGGUUAUAUUUUCUUACGACAUGAGGUCCCCAAAGUGUUGGACUUUAGAAACUUGGCAGCCUGGGCGUUUCCCGAGCCGCCGGCCCUGGAAGCCGUGGCCGUGUUGGAGGUCAUUCACAUCAGUAGGAAGAAAAAGGUGUGGGAUUAUAACUAUGACGACGAAAGUGACGAUGAAGCGGUGCCCCAAGCAAGCGCCGGGGGCUACACCAUGCACAAACUCAUAGUCGGGCCUCUGUGUCCGGCGCCCACCUGCUCGGCUACCCUGGAGGAUACCCUGGACGACUGCAGCGACCCGGACACCGAGGACUCCCAGGAGCCCGAGGCCGAAUCCCAGGCUCUGAUGGCUCCCGGGCCCGGGCCCUGGCCAGAGGAACACACCAGUGGGGCCUACAAGGGGAGAGGGGCUCAGCCGGCGGACCCCUUUCCCAAGGAGGACAGCAGCUCUGUGGAGAGCUCUGGGGACAGAAUUUUCUUCAAUGUGGACUUAAACUCCGUGUUUGUGAGGGUCCCCGACGACAGCGAUGAUGACAACGAUGACUCAGAAGACCCUCCGGGGUUCUGUCUUCCGGAAGAGCUGGAUGACUUCAAGGCGGCUGAAAGGGAGAGCAGCCUUCUGGCGGCCAGUGGAGAAGGUGCACAGCCGGCCUUCCCAGGCCCCCCCGUGGAGUGCCUGGGGCCUGAAGAUGCACCUUUUAAUAGAAGUGACACUUCCAAGUCAGACAUUGACAUCGGGGGCAGUUAUAUGAGACGAAUUCCAGAAUGUUGAAUUAACUGACAGCUACCUCUCCCAGACCCUCACUGCUCCUGUGGUCUGCAGGUGUUCUUGGGGGGCAGAGCCCCCCUUCUUCCUGGAGACAUCACCUAUACAAAUUCCUGGAAUAGGGGAGGGAAGGGCAAACCUAGGUGUCAUUACCUGUGCAAUUUUUACAUGUUCAGAGUGACAGGCUUUGCAGGGAAGAUGCCCUGUCCUGUGCUCAUGCAUUCCUCACGUUUCUGCCUGAUUCCCAGAGGAGUGAGGUUCAGGAGCGGCCCGGGCCCUGGGGAGUCAUUCAGUGGGGCGAGGGUGAGCGUGGCAGGGAAGGGAAGACGGCUGGGCUCACAGCCGGAGCAGUCAGCAGUGCCUCCCACAGGCUCCAGAAAAGAGCAGGAAACAGGCAGAAAAAGCCGUGGAGGGUGGACCACAGGGGGGACUCACAAAAAACAGAGGACAUGUUCCCAGUUGAUGUAAGGAAGGGCCAGCCAAGACUUGGCCACCUCUCAGGUGACAUGUUCUGUUGCCUCCAGCCUGGAUUGGACCCGGCCCUCCUCCAGCCCUCCUCACUCCAGUGAGGAAGGCAGACACACACAUCUCUCCAGCGUCAGGCAGGAGAGAACAGAGGAAACAGGCAUCUGCAUGAGGCAGAGAACUUGGUGCCAUAUUUUAUUUUUUUUUAAAGCCAGUAAGACAACAAAUGCAAAUAUGCUUUGAGGCCUUCAGAAAAAGUAAAGCCUAGAACUCCUGGAGGUCAUCUUAAUCCUGUGAAGGGGGAA